AUGGCUGCAAUCUCAAGUGUUAUUGUUUCUGCGAAAAAUGGCAUGGAUACAAAUCCUGCAGGGAAUAAAAAACGUAUGAAAAAAGAUACAAUACGAGAAACUACCCCUACAAAAAUUGCGAUAACUCGACGUAAUGCCAGAGAACGAAAUCGUGUUAAACAAGUGAAUAAUGGUUUUCUUACGUUACGACAACAUAUUCCAACGGAUAUUGCUGCAGCUUACGAAAAUGGUCGUAGCAAUAAUAAGAAAUUAAGUAAAGUAGAAACUUUACGAAUGGCAGUUGAAUAUAUACGAAGUUUAAAAGAAAUUCUGUCAAGGGAUCAUCAUUUAGAAGAUAAUGAUUUGGGUCCAACAGAUGCAUCCGUUACAUAUCAGCAAUAUGUGUUGAUUCCUGGAACCGAUACUUAUCGAUUAACUAACACAUUCGAUUAUGAAGAUGAAGAAAAUAUUAAACCGGUUAUUACUGAUGCUGUUGAAUUACCAUUAAAUGAGAAAGGAUUGGACGAUAGUAUACUUUAUUCAAAUGUGGGAUCCCCUUAUAGUCAAAAAAGUAGUGUUUGUUCACCUGGUUAUGGAGCAGAUGGAAUGAUGCUGCCACCCAUUGAAGUACUGUAUCCACGUUCUGUUAUUCAAAAUAAUCUUACAAUACAACCUGCGACAUUACCAUUAAAUCAAUCGCUAAACAUUAACAACAGUUUUGAAUCCAAUUUGACAUUAUUUCAUCAUCAAACGUCUGAAGUUUCUUCGCUAUCAAAUUCAUCAGUAAAUUCUUGUGACAGUGACUUUAUCAAAUCAGAAACAUUAUCUGAUGACCAUACAGAUUUUAAUUUUAGGUAUAGUGAUGUUAAAACGGAAGAAGAAACAAUUGAUGUGAUGGAUUGGUGGGAAAAUCAUUCUAAGCUCUCGAUAAUUCAGAGCUAG